AGAUAUAGACCUAGAAGCAAUGUCCAAAAGAUAAGUAGAGCCACCUUUUAGACCUUAAUUGGAAGGAAAGAAAGAUUUAAGAUAUUUAGAUCCUGUAAUUAUUUGUAUUAUUAUUAUAAAAGGAUUUGUUACAAUAAGAAAUUAAAUUUGAAGAAGAAUUAGAUAAUUGA